AUGGACAUACCUAUUUACCUUUACAUUCUAUGUGUUGCAAUACUCUUCGGGGCAAUUAGAAAGCUGAAUCGCAUUGGUAGAAGGCCAGCAGAUUUUCCUCCAGGCCCCCCAACACUGCCCAUUCUAGGGAAUAUCCACCAGCUCCCCAAAUCUCAAGGGCAUUUGCAGUUUCAAAAAUGGGCCCAGGAAUAUGGCCCAGUGUAUAGCCUUAUUCUGGGGACACAGGUAUUAAUCGUGUUGUCUAAUGAUGUGGCAAUUAAAGAACUACUGGAUAAGCGUGGUGGCAUCCACAGUGAUCGCCUUGAGAUGUACAUUGGACAGACGCUGUGCAGUGGUGGUUAUCGGUUUCUAAUGCUCGGAUACGGAGAUAACUGGCGAACGUUCCGGAGACUUGGACAUCAACUUCUUAAUGUACAAUCAUCAAAAGCAUAUGUGCCAUAUCAAAUCCUGGAAAGCAAACAAUUAUUACGUGAAAUUUUAGAUCGCCCAGAUUUAAUACUCGAAAGCUUGCGCAGAUACAGUAAUUCUUUGUCAACCCACAUGAUUUACGGUUGGCGGACUGUACGACAUGAUGACCCCAGGCUGCUACAGGUAUUCAAAGGCUUCAAUGACGUUGGAAAGAUCACUCAGACUGGAACAUCUGCAUUUUUGGAUUUCUUUCCAAUCUUAAGAUGGCUUCCUGAAUUCUUGACCCCCAUGAAGAGGCAGGCCAAGGAACUACAUAAGAAAGAGAUGGAUAUGUACCUGAAUCUGUGGCUAGAAGCGAAACAGAGCUACAAAAGUGGCACGUACAAAGAUUGUAUAUGUGUGUCUCUGGCUCAACAGCAAGAUAAGAAUGGAUUUACAGACGAGCAAGCUGCGUAUGUGGCGGGAAGCUUCCUUGAGGCAGGGUCAGACACAACAUCGUCAACUCUCUAUGGCUUCAUUCAAGCAAUGAUAUUAUUUCCCGAGGUACAGCGCAAGGCGCAGGCGGAGAUUGAUCGGGUCAUUGGACCUGAUCGCCUUCCAACACUGGACGAUGAGGACAAUCUACCAUAUAUCCGCGGCUGUGUCAAGGAGUCGCUCCGGUGGAUGCCCACUGCGCUUCUUGCAGGAGUCCCGCACGCAUCUAAUCGCGAGGACCAAUACAUGGGAUAUCGCAUUCCGGCUGGCGCAGGACUGGUGAACAACGUUUACACCAUUCACAUGGACCCGCAACGGUAUCCUGAUCCGCGGGCUUUUAAACCGGAGCGAUUUGAAGGCGAUAUGGCAUCAGCUGCAGACUCAGCGCUGAAUCCAGAUCCGUCUAAGCGCGAUCAUUAUGUUUUUGGAAGCGGUCGCAGGAUCUGCCUUGGUAUUCAUGUUGCUGAGAGGAGCCUCUUUAUUGCCAUCUCCCGGAUGCUCUGGGCCUUUGACUUCCUACCUGAGCUUGAUCCUUCCGGCAACCCCAUCUUGCCUGAUCCCAAUAAGCUAACGGAAGGACUUUCAGUUCUGCCAGAGAAAUUUGGAGUUCAAAUCAUACCACGUGAUGAAGCUCGAGCUCGCAAAAUUAUGGACGAAUCUAUGGAAAUAAUGAUGCAAUGA